AUGUCCUUUUUUGAUACGCUUCGAAAUACAGCGAACUCGGUAAAGGAGAAGUUUGCAGAUAACUCUUCGCCGAAAUUAACAAGAGAUGAGAGGUUUAGACUAGACUAUAAGUUGCCCAGUACUGAAUAUAUAUUAGAUGAUACCAGUGCAGAGAUCUCUAUGUUGAGUCCGUAUAAAAAUGUGAAUCGUAAAUCAGCAACGUCAAGGGAAAAGCCAGUUGAAAAUACAUAUGUUUAUUCGGGGAGACUAUUUUUAACUCCGCAUUUCCUAGUCUUUAGGGAUUCAUUUGACCACAUGAGCUGCGUUAUGGUCUUGAAUAUAUCUACCAUUAAAAGGGUUGAGCGUGCUAAUAUAGCUUCUUACGCUUUUUCUUUGCAAGUGACGUUGCUUUCUGGAGCUCGAUUGAUAAUUCAAUUUAUCGGAUUAAGGUACAGGUCGGAAGAGUUCUCACAUAAGCUCAAAAUGCAAUUGAGAGAUAAUAUACCACAGACGAAGAACAUGCCAGCAUUCUUAGGCACGCUAUAUUCAGAAUAUAUCAUUGAAAAAAACAUAGAUAAGAACCGUGAGUUGCAACCACCGUCACUAGGAUUGGGACAAAUAUAUAAAUACCCUGGUGAUCCAGCACUUCAAAAGGAAAAGGCUAAAUUAAGGCUAUGGUUUGAGUAUUUCAAAUCCAACGGUAUGAAUCUCUCGCUCUUGAGGCAUCCAGCUUUUUAUAAAUUGAUAAGAGUUGGAAUACCUAAUAGAUUAAGGGGAGAGAUAUGGGAACUAUGUUCUGGUUCAAUGUACGAAAGGUUCAUGAAUAAGGAUUUGUACCAAAAACUUCUGGAAGACCAUAAGGGAGAAAACUCACAGGCCAUUGAAGAAAUCGAAAAGGACUUGAACAGGUCUUUGCCUGAUUAUGCAGCAUAUCAAGAUCCAGAAGGUAUAGACAAAUUGAGAAAUGUUCUUGUAGCAUAUUCUUGGAAAAAUCCGGACGUCGGAUACUGCCAAGCAAUGAAUAUUGUUGUCGCUGUCUUGUUGAUAUUUAUGAGUGAAGAGCAAGCAUUUUGGUCACUAUGUAAUCUUUGUGACCUUUACGUUCCAGGGUACUAUUCAAAGACAAUGUAUGGAACUCUAUUAGAUCAACGAGUAUUUGAAUCAUUUGUCGAAUCUAAGAUGCCAGUAAUGUGGAAUCAUAUUGCCAAGUAUGAUAUCCAACUAUCUGUGGUAUCCUUACCUUGGUUCUUAUCUUUAUUCUUCAUUGCAAUGCCUCUUCAAUUUGCCUUCAGAAUAAUGGAUAUUUUCUUCGUGAACGGCCCGAAGACUUUGUUCCAAGUAGCGUUGGCUAUUUUGAAAGUCAAUGCAGAUGAUUUACUUGAAGUUGAUGAUGACGGUAUGUUUAUUGCCAUCUUGAAGAGUUACUUCCAAAGACUAGACGACAGCGCACACCCAGAAUCUAGCGAUGUUAAAUAUAGGCAAAUCACAAAGUUCCAGGAACUUCUUGUCGUUGCGUUCAAGGAGUUUGAUAUUAUUACAGAGGAACUUGUGGAAACAGAAAGAAACAAGUAUAAGAAGGGUAUAUUGCACGAUAUUGAAUCCUUUGCAAAGAGAACGCAACUAAGAAACGUGUCAAAGGCCGUUCAUCUCAGCCAGAAUGAAGUCUCUAACAUAUAUGACAUUUAUUACCAGAGUAUAGACUCUUACAGAAUUAGUAUGGGAACAGGUUCCUCAAAAAUGGACUUUACAUCAUUUGUUCAAUUCCUUGCAAAGAUAUGCGAUUGGUGUAAAUCAAGUUCAAGUGACCUUGACCAUAGGUUCAGGAAACAACGUAAUGAUUUUUUGAAGAGGUUGUUCAAAAGUUGGGAUAAAGGAAACUUUGGUGAGCUAACGUUGAAUGAUGUUGUCUCUGGCCUAGACAAAAUGAAGACAGAAGAUAUAAUGGAAUCCAUGAACAACUUCUUCCAGCUUUACGACGAUCAGCAGACGGGCAAAAUUCAAAGAGAACAAAUCUUGAAAAUGUCAGAAGACUUACUAUUCCUAACUGAACCAUGGAAAUCUGGUCGUUGUAUUGAUCUUCUGACCCAAACAUCGAUAGAAAACGAUAUCGCGGAAAGCAUCGUGAAGAAAAACGGCGGAAGAGUUGUUACUUUAGAGGAGAUUGAGUUACCGAAGGGCGUCGUUAUCGAUGACGAGAAAUAUAAAGCUGAACAAUCUGAAAGGUAUUUGCAUGCCGCCAGUAAUUUCUUACAAAGAUGCUUCGAAUAUGCCCAGCCAUUGGAACAAGAGGUACCCAUCGAUCUGUUAGACCUAUCUGACGAUACAGACAACGAAGAAAAGAAAAAGAACAACGAGAAGAGAUGGAAUAGUCUAAAGGCUAAUGUCGCAUUAAACCCAAAUACCCCAUGUACUCUUGAUCUGGCAACGUUCCGAAUGCUUGUCUUAGCCGAUGAAACAUAUGAGCAAUUUUUUGCUAACACCCUAAGGAACUCUAUUCACGUAGAUGAGCAGGUGAACGCGCUGGAAAGUCGCUCGAAGGCAUUGAGGAACGUAUUUGACGGAUUAAUCGCUGAUGGUAGAAGAGUUGCCAAUCAAGUACGGCGUAGAGUGGACUCUGUUGCCACUCAGCAGUCGGAAUCGCCAAGUCAAGAUAAACAAAUUGACCUAGACGACUUUAGCACUGACCAUGGCGAUGAGAGCAUGGAAUUAUUACACUCCGAUUAUAGAGAUUUAAUGGAUAUGGAUGACGACGAAAUGCACUCGGAUCAUAAAAAACUAAAUUCAUUUGAUCUAGACCAAUCUACUCACCCAGACAACCAUCAGGGGAAAAAAGAUCUGAUCGAAUUUGAGACAUAA